ACCCAGCCCAGCCCAAGUCUAAUACCAGUCUGUAACUUAUUACCCGAUCUGUGGCAUCCCUACGCAAGUAACGCAACUGCGAAGACUACGUGCGAAGCGCGAAGAGGAGAAGAAGCCAGAGGGAGUGUAGCGAACAUCAGCCGACCUGCGGCCACCAACCGUGCCGCCGCCUGCCGUCCAGGUCUCUGCGUCUUCCCAUCGGUUCCACCGCUCCAGUUGUCUAGGCAAGUAGGUGACCAGGCAAUCCAGCACUCUGGCCUCCGGCCCUCCACUCUCCAGGUAACAUAUAUUAAGCCGCAAAGAGAAAGAUGUGGAAAAGUUGGACUGCAUUUUCCUUUUGCUCAUAGUAUGAUGCACCAACGGCUAACACUCCUACGUCGUAAGGUGUUUUGUAAUGCUUCCUUUUUAGCACAGAGAAACUAUGCUGAAGUGGCAAACCCUUUAAACACUUUCAACACUAUCAACAAUAGUGGGUUUCUUCUGUUUAGAGAAUUUUUACACACCUCUACACCUAAUCGAAAGGAAUGGGACCCAAAUGAUCCAGCUACCUUGAUGAAGGAGGAUGGGGUUUCAGUCUGCACCAAAAUGUGGAUUGAGAAUUUCCGUGAACCGGAAAAAACUGCGACCAAUCUCAUUGAUUAUUUGAGGAGAUUUGAGCUGUGGGUUUUGGCAUACCAGAAAGUUUAUGCGGAUGACACUGGUUCUUAUAUGCCCAGAAGCUCAAUAACAAGGUCAGCUCUUGAGGAUUUGUUGGCAUUGAGGAACGCAGUUCUUGAUAAUAGGUUUAAGUGGGGGGCAAGAUUGGAUUUUUUAAUAAAAUCUCCUAGAGAUAAAACAGACUACGAAUCAUUAUCUAAGAGAAAAAUCAAGGCUAUACUAACUACCACUCAGCCAUCCCCUUUUCAGGAUAGAAUCGUUCAAGAGGUUCUGUUUCUCAUUUUGGAGCCCAUUUACGAGGCCCGAUUUUCUGAAAAAUCGUUUGCAUUUAGACCUGGAAGGACUGCACAUACUGUUCUUAGAGUGAUCCGGAGGAGCUUUGCAGGCUACCUGUGGUACAUGAAGGGUGAUUUGAGCACAGUAUUAGACGGAAUGAAGGUCGGACUAGUGAUAGGUGCAAUGAUGAGGGAUGUUAGGGACAAGAAAGUCAUAGAUUUAAUUAAGUUGGCUUUAACUACUCCAGUGAUCACUAGUAGGCCUGAGGAUGGCGAGAAGAAGAAAAAGACAAAGAGGAAGUACCAAAAGAAAAGAGUUCUAGCAGAGGAUGAACCAAAACCUGAUCCAUACUGGUUAGAUACUUUCUUCGGUUUUGCGCCGGAAGAAGCUGAAAAACUCCCUUCCUGGGGUCACUGUGGUAUACUGAGUCCACUUUUGGCUAACAUUUGUCUUGACGAACUUGACCGAUGGAUGGAAGGCAAGGUGAAGGAGUUCUAUCGGCCUUCAAAGAGUGACGUCAUUUGGAACAGUCCAGAAGGAGAAGUUGAACAAGGUAAUACAUCUUGGCCAGAAUUCGUUCCUACAAGUGGACCAGAUAAGACCAGGAAAAUGGACUAUAUCCGUUUUGGUGGUCACAUUCUGAUCGGAGUGAGGGGCCCUAGGGCAGAUGCGGCAACUCUUAGAAAACAGUUGAUUGAGUUCUGUGAUCAGAAAUAUAUGCUCAAGCUUGAUAAUGAGAGCCUUCCUAUCGAACACAUAACUAAGGGUAUUAUGUUUCUUGAUCACAUCUUGUGUCGUCGUGUCGUUUAUCCCACUCUUCGUUAUACUGCCACUGGUGGCAAAAUAAUAAGCGAAAAAGGUGUGGGGACACUUCUUUCUGUCACGGCUAGCCUGAAGCAGUGCAUCAAACAGUUUAGAAAACUAAGCUUUCUUAAAGGAGACAGAGACCCGGACCCACAACCAUGCUUUAGAAUGUUUCAUGCUACUCAAGCACAUACAAAUGCACAAAUGAAUAAGUUGUUGGCUACCAUGGUUGAGUGGUACAGAUAUGCUGAUAAUAGAAAGAAGGUUGUCAAUUUCUGCGCAUACAUCAUAAGGGGUUCCCUUGCAAAGCUCUAUGCUGCAAAAUACAAACUUCGAUCUCGGGCUAAAGUUUUCAAGAUCGGUUCUAGAGAUCUUCGACGACCUUUAAAAGAGAAAAAGGGACAGUCUCCAGAAUAUCACCAUUUACUUAGGAUGGGUUUGGUGGAGUCAAUUGAUGGGCUGUUGUAUACCCGCAUGUCCCUUGUACCAGAAACUGAUUAUACCCCUUUUCCAGUUGGUUGGAGGCCUGAUCAUGAGAAGGCAUUGAUGGAGUAUAUAAUGCUUGAUGAUUCACGAGCACUAGAGGAACAGAGGCACUGCUUACAAGAGCAAGGCCUCAUUUCACCUCAGGACUACAUUUCAAUGCUUGUUUGGAGCUACAAAAGAAAUGCUUUAGCAUUGGAUUCUCGCCCUUCUAGAGUAAAUGCUAAGAUGGCUUCGGAAGAUUUGCUAUUGGAUGGAAAUGCGAUUCAAACAGAUGAAGGCGAUGAAAAUGAUCAAGUUCAUGCAGCACAAAUGGUCAACUAAACUUGCUCUGCCCCAAGCCAAUUUAGGCACUAUAACGUGCAACCCAUGCACAUGGAAAUUUCCAACUCAAACAUCAGCAAGCUCUCCCCUUUAGGACAGGGCUCAGAAAACAAGGCAUGUUAGGAGGUUGCAUACAUAAGUGAGCUUAUUUCAUGACACCCCUUUAGGGUAAGUUUGGAGUUGGGUUUUUGAGGGGAGGGGGGAUGUGAGGGUCUAUGACCCUCCAUUUUAUGUUUGGAAAUUUUAAAAAAUUGGCAGGAAAGUUUAGUGGGGUUUUUGGUAAUCCUCCUAAGCCCUUCAAAAGUUCAUUUUUUGAGUUUUUCUGAUUUGAUUUUAUUGAGAGAUAACUACGCAAAUGACAAUUCUAGCCCUGUUAAAUUAGUACAGCUUCCCAGUGCCUUCACUAUCUGCUCCAGUCGAUUAAUAUUUCUUGGAGCAAAUAUGGAAUGCUAGCUCUACAUCGUUCUGCAAACUUCAUUUUUGGUUUUCCAGGCCAUACCAGUUAAUGCAAGUGUCCGCGAAUAUCAAGUUUAUUUGGAGACCAUUGGUAUUAUUUGGCCGUUUUCUAUGUUAUUGACUUGAAUGUGUUUGAAAUAUGUAAUAGUUAAUUCUCAAAAUGAAAUGUGAAGCUUUUUAUCUUCUUUUUUCUCUUAAUUGUCAUUUCAUUUCAACUUUUCUGAAAACUUGUUGCAUAUAGUAUGAGUUUAUGGAUAUAUUCUCCUUCAAUUGUUUUAAAUUUUAAAUA